AUGGCUGGUGUUGACCACGCCUACCAGUAUUCCGUGGAGGUGAAGAGCAGGUUCUCACUGUUUCUGGACGAUGCGCUGAGUAGUGAGGAUCCAGACAUUCUGCUAUCUAAGUUGCAAACCAAACGGACUGAGAAGACCAAGAAGGAGAAGUCUCACGUGCAGCAGCAACAACAACAGCAGGCCACACCUGUGAAAGUCGACACAGUAAUCAAGAAUGAGACGAAAGUUGAUUCAGCAGUGCCGAAAGCUGCACCUCAACCGUCCAAGUCCCCUGGCUCCACAGAGAUACCCCGAGUGCCCCCAGAGGACAUGCAGAACUAUGCUGCUAAGGAGGCAGAGGAACCAGUUAGUACUUUUUCGCGUGGUCGUGGCUUGGGCAGGGGGGCACCUCGAGGGAUGCGUGCAGGAAGAGGUCAGGGACCACGUAUGCUCCCAACAGAAACACCUCCCGACUUCGCUGGUGACCUGAAUACAUCUAGAGGGACGGGUUUUGAUUCGAGAGGGCGUGGGAGAGGCAGAGGAAGAGCAACGUAUGGCCGGGGUCGUGGCAUGCCGUUCAACUCAAGUCGCGAAUUCGACCAUCAGAAUGGUCCUGAUCGCCAGGGUCCAAGACAAUAUGGUAGGAGAGAUGGAAACUGGAACCCACAAGAGGCUGACGGACAAGCAGCACCUGAGGGUGGUGAUGCAGAGCAGGCUGUACGUUUGUCAGAAGAUCAAACUGCAGUCGGAGACGGGUUGGAACGUCCACAACCGGAGGCUGAAGAAGAGGCGAAUGGUGCUACAGAGACACCCGUGGAGGAGGAACCCAAGAGCUACACUCUGGAAGAGUACAAAGCCAUGCGUCAGUCCGCCAAGCCGGCAGUCAUCCUAAGCAACAAGAACCUCCGUAAAGCCAACGACGGUAAAGAUGUGUUUGCAAACAUGGUGGCUCACAGAAAAAUACAGGAGACUCACGAAGAUGAUGACGAGGUUGAUGAGAAGGAGGAUGCGCCUCAGGAGCACCAGUCGAUUGACAUUGACUUCUCAUUCGUUGAUGAAUUUGGAAACCGUAGAAGAGGAGGUGGCAGAGGAUUUGACGGCAGAGGGUCUGAUCGUGGACGUCGUGGUGUAUGGCCAAGAGGCGAACGUGGAGGCCGCGGAAGAGGUCAACUGAGGGGUGACGGGCGAGGCCGUGGUUUUGGUCGCGUUCUACCCUCUGAGGAUCACAUUCCACCGCCGGCAAUAUACAGUGACCAGGAGUUCCCUUCCUUGAAGCAUAUUCCAUUUCCGUUGCGCUGCGAUGAUCAUGUUGAAUGCUUUCAAACAGUGUGUUGUGUAGUCAUGGCUGGUGUUGACCACGCCUACCAGUAUUCCGUGGAGGUGAAGAGCAGGUUCUCACUGUUUCUGGACGAUGCGCUGAGUAGUGAGGAUCCAGACAUUCUGCUAUCUAAGUUGCAAACCAAACGGACUGAGAAGACCAAGAAGGAGAAGUCUCACGUGCAGCAGCAACAACAACAGCAGGCCACACCUGUGAAAGUCGACACAGUAAUCAAGAAUGAGACGAAAGUUGAUUCAGCAGUCCCGAAAGCUGCACCUCAACCGUCCAAGUCCCCUGGCUCCACAGAGAUACCCCGAGUGCCCCCAGAGGACAUGCAGAACUAUGCUGCUAAGGAGGCAGAGGAACCAGUUAGUACUUUUUCGCGUGGUCGUGGCUUGGGCAGGGGGGCACCUCGAGGGAUGCGUGCAGGAAGAGGUCAGGGACCACGUAUGCUCCCAACAGAAACACCUCCCGACUUCGCUGGUGACCUGAAUACAUCUAGAGGGACGGGUUUUGAUUCGAGAGGGCGUGGGAGAGGCAGAGGAAGAGCAACGUAUGGCCGGGGUCGUGGCAUGCCGUUCAACUCAAGUCGCGAAUUCGACCAUCAGAAUGGUCCUGAUCGCCAGGGUCCAAGACAAUAUGGUAGGAGAGAUGGAAACUGGAACCCACAAGAGGCUGACGGACAAGCAGCACCUGAGGGUGGUGAUGCAGAGCAGGCUGUACGUUUGUCAGAAGAUCAAACUGCAGUCGGAGACGGGUUGGAACGUCCACAACCGGAGGCUGAAGAAGAGGCGAAUGGUGCUACAGAGACACCCGUGGAGGAGGAACCCAAGAGCUACACUCUGGAAGAGUACAAAGCCAUGCGUCAGUCCGCCAAGCCGGCAGUCAUCCUAAGCAACAAGAACCUCCGUAAAGCCAACGACGGUAAAGAUGUGUUUGCAAACAUGGUGGCUCACAGAAAAAUACAGGAGACUCACGAAGAUGAUGACGAGGUUGAUGAGAAGGAGGAUGCGCCUCAGGUAAGUUAUGUUAUUCUGCACUCACGCUGAAUUCACUCUAGGAGCACCAGUCGAUUGACAUUGACUUCUCAUUCGUUGAUGAAUUUGGAAACCGUAGAAGAGGAGGUGGCAGAGGAUUUGACGGCAGAGGGUCUGAUCGUGGACGUCGUGGUGUAUGGCCAAGAGGCGAACGUGGAGGCCGCGGAAGAGGUCAACUGAGGGGUGACGGGCGAGGCCGUGGUUUUGGUCGCGUUCUACCCUCUGAGGAUCACAUUCCACCGCCGGCAAUAUACAGUGACCAGGAGUUCCCUUCCUUGAAGUAAUUUCCGAAAAGCAGGCGAAGUAAACCUUUGGACUAAGAAGAUUCUCCUUUCUCAACUUUUGGUUCCCUGAAGGCUUGUAGUCCUGGCCUUUGCUUGUCCAUACCCAUUCCUCCCCCAUCCUUUAAUCUCCAGCUUUGUAAUCUAGUUUCAUCCGAAAGCAGUUCCAGGACUGAAUUUGUAAUUAUGGCUGUGCUGCUUCAGAUGUGAUUGCAAAGCUUUGUACAUGAAUGUUCUGACCAUGUCACAGUUUUGCGAUUGACAUGACCAAUCGCCUUCAAUAAACCUUGACGAGAGUACUCUUUUCAGCUUCUAAAAGAGGUGGGUUCCUGCCGUAUUCUGUCCAUGGGUUGCUUUGAUUUUAGUCUAGACGCUAGAUGAACACUUUGGUAUCUGGUCUCAAACACCGAUAAGGAGCGCUUGGUCUACUGUCGAGUCAGUGGAGACGCGUGAGUUCUGUGCCCCACCUCGGCUGAUCGGAGCGUGUUUCUGUCUUGGUCGGACGGCCAUUGCAGUUGUAGGUUGCUUUGAGAUUCUAGUGGGAUUCCAUGGGAGUGCUUUUUCCGUGUGGCACACUUGCUUACCGCUGUCACCAGGUGGAUUUCAGACAUGAGAUUCAUGUGCAUGUGGAGGGAUGAUGGUGGAGUUGUGUGCUAGCAACCUUAGGAGCAGUCGUUUUGAACAGGUUUGCCAGCUGGUAGGGAAUGUGACAAUGGGAUACAUGGACUGUGCUGCUUUCCCAUGUCACACCAUUUGAGUGAGUCGCGUGGUGUCGGUGUCACCUCACCGUUAUUGUGUUCGUAUUCAGUCAUCUCCAGCCUCAACGGAGUUGAAUAAUGAGUUGGCAGGCUCGGGAUGACUGGCUUGUCGUCACUUCAAUUAUCGUGAUCGCUAAUCUGUCCGUGGCUUACUUCCUGUAAGCUGGGCUGCAUGUUGUUUCGGUCUUACCCCUGCUUACCCAAAAAGCUGUUGCAACGGUUAAGGACAGUCUUCUUGUUAGUUAUCCUCUGACGUGCUAGUCUUGUGACUAGGUGUUCGAUGCCUAGCCACGUACUGCACUAACACCGGCGACGUGACUAUUCCCUCGUGGUCUUGCGCUCUCACCAUCCGAUGUUGUGAUGUCUGAGACUUCAAAUCCCAGGAAUGGUGGCUGGACCACGUGUCCUCUUUUCUUCCGUGUUAUUUUCCUGGGAUGGCUUGCUUUUUCGCUGUUGUAGUGCUGAGGAUUUUUGCGCAUUGGUGUGAUUUAGGAGUAGUGAUUGCGGGUUGUCGUGCGGUGUAGUUGUAUAUGUUCUGGUUAUUGAUUGCUUGCCCCGGGGAUUGGUUUUCAAAGUCUUAUGUUUCUUUUAUAUUGUUACUUGGUUGUUUGGUAUUGUGUUUUCGGUUGUUCGUUUUGAUAUAAUUGUAGACUUCUGUCGAUCAGUUUGCAUUUUUGUUAUAUUAGUGUUUGGAUGUCGAAUUUAGUAAGCAUAGGUCAUUAAAUGAUGCAAUUUGUUAAGUGUUAUGUCUGUGUGUGGUUGAAGGUAAUUGCAGGCUUUUGUAUUAGUGCAGUGGUCCAUGUUGUUACCGAUGGAACUUAUCAUUGUGUGAGGGGCUAUCAAAGUGGUUAGAAUUUUUUGGUCUAUGAAGCAGCUUAUUGAAUUUUACUAUUAUUCCUUUUUUAAAUCAUUGUUUGUACCAAUGUAUCAGUGGUAGUUGGAAUCACUGGAUUUACUCUGCUUGUAUUUCGGUCUCAAAAUUUUCAGAAUGUACCGGUUUUUGGGUGCUCAUGUUAUUUUGAUGGUUGUGCCCCUCACUUAUGUAAUGUUAUAUUAUUUUCGUGCCGAAAUUUACUUUAGGAAAAUGAUUCCCACUAGGUGAUGUUUGAAGAUGAAGUGAAAAUUUGGGCCGUGGCAUGAUUCAAACCAGUUACGCGAUUACAUACCGGACCCGGUGGUCGCUGGUUGAAUCAGGCUGCGGUCUUAAUUUUUCUUUCACCUGUAGUGAAAACUAGUCUGUCAAAUUAUUGGUCAGAUAAAUGUAAAAAAUGAUUCCUGGAUAUACAGUGAAAUUCGAAUGUUUCGUUAUCACUAUUGCCCAUGCUAGCCAGGGCUUAACCUGCUGGUAGUUAGAUCUAAUCUGCCUUGGAACUUCGAUGACGAAUAGUGUCGGUCUCAGGUUUGCGUACAUGGUUAACCUACGGUUACUACAAACCUACUGUGGUUCAUUAGCCACGCAGACGGAUGAUAUUCUUGUAAGGCUUUGAGAUAUCCUGCGAAUUAUUAUUGUCGCUUGGUGCCUGAGAUAUCAAAUUCAGGUGCUAGAAUUAUAUUUCUUAUUUGAGCUUCAUGUAUGAUCAUACUGGUCAACACUAGACGAUAGUAUUUCUGAUUUCUACGAAAUCUCAUUGUCUGUUGUUAGUAGGUUCCAUAUCAGUAUAUGCUUCUAACGUUUUAGAUUACUGCCAUAAUCAUUCUCCCUGUCAACAACUGAGAAUGUGUUAUGGUCUGUUACACUUGCAAAAUGUUUCCACAUAUGGGGAAAGCAAAUCACUGGAAGUUGAAUUUUAUGUAGGUACAUUCAGUUCCGAGUGUCAGUUGAAGGUCAUGAAAUAACGUGCUCUAACAAAGAAUCCCACUGAUUUUUAGACUUGAACAAUCAAACCGUGGUGUUUAGAAACUACGUUGAUGUCCUCUCAGGUGGCUGUUUUGAGAGAAGGAAUAACUGAAGUAGUUAAGUACUCACUAUUAUUUAUGGGUCAUGGCGACACAUGAGCUGCUCAAGAUUCGGCUGGGACCUGGAUGGGAAGCUAAUACGUUUCCUCAAAGUACCAAAGACUGUUUUAGAUCCUAAACAAUGCAAAACAGUAGGACCUAGUGGUUUGCCACUAGAAGAUUUAGGUAUUAAAUUACUGAUUUGAUUAACGGGGGUAGUAGAUGGACAUACGAAACCAAUGUAAAACAUCGUACAGAAGUGCAUCGGUUCGAGAUGCUACUCUUCACAGCAGCAUGGAAACAAUAAGUGGGUAGAGACUAGUGAUGUCAAAAUAGAAAAGUAACAAAGAAGGGAAGAUCUUAGACUAGAGCAGUCAGAAAAUUGUGUUUUGAGAUGUCAAAAAGUGAAUGCCUCUGCUACACUGUGACUCGUUAACAACCACUGAUGCUUAUAUUGAGGACUUCAACAAGGUAGUAUGCGCAUCCCCGCAUGGUUUCGACCAUGAGUCAGAGAUUUCAAGGGCUGAUCAUACUUAGUGUGACCACUAUGAUCCCUCUUCCAACCUAGUCUAACUUUUGCCUGUCGAGGUUGACGAUGGCUUGGGAUUCACAGUGCGUGUCCGAGUCACUAGAUUCACAACAUCGACCGACCUGCUUGUCUUAUCUUAGUACUCUUCGCCUGAUCUGUAUAUUGUUGACAUGCUGCUAGCUCUGUACGCCAUCAGUGCUACGGUGACACUAUGGUCAAGAACUUGUGGUCUUUUCAUAUUUCCUAGGAAGCGCAUGGGAACCUCAUCUCUUCCUACUUAGUUAAUUACACUAGUUCAUACAAAAGGACGGUUGUUUUGAUGUGGCAACCGUAGGGUAAUCAGUUUGACUAAUCAUACUCGCGAAUCUACCGCCUGUAGUUUUGUGAAGCUUACCGGCAGCUCGAGGAAGGCAAAUAGCUUUCAGGGCGCAAUAAUCAGACUUAAGACCUUCGAGAUGUUUGGGAACAUUGGCAUACUUACCGAAUGCUGACACUUGCCAUAUUCUUUAACUCAAAAGCUGUAUUCGAUUCUGUCAAUGGAGAAUUGUACUAGCAGUGUCAAACUGUGAAAGAAAAUAUUGAGUAAGUCUAAUGCCAAUCAAAUCUGUACUGGGACUCACGCAAUCGUCGAAGUGUUCAUGGAGAGUUAUCAUCUUGAAUGAACACUGGUGAUGUCCAUCAUGUAUGCCCACUGUCCCUGUUUCUGUUUACCUUUUUUAUGGAUGUAAUAAUAGAUAUAAAACCAUGGGUACAUCUGACCAAAGGGCAUGUGAAAGACUCGUGCAUAUGAGGACGAUAUUGUCCUACCGGGUGGAGACUGACGAAAUGCAGGGUCUUCUGAACGCGCUGAGCAGCAGCCUGAGUAUAUUUGGCGUGUAUCUCGUACCUAUGGAAUGUAAGAUGGUUGGUUGCUGGCAUAAUCGCAGAUUAGAUACAAAAGAUAUGCUUUGUGUUUGCUUCACAUCUGAUACCGCCCGGCGAGACAUCAGGCUACGUGUCAAAGGACAAGUGGACUCCACUACCGUCUGUUCUGUUAUACGAUUGUGGGGUAUGAUCGUUGAAAGUAGAAGGUAUGAGAAUACUGUAGGUUUUCAUGCAUUUCUGUUCUGGGAGCAUUUCUCACGUAUAGUUAAGUCACUGUACAAAAGGUGUUGAGGUUCGCUGAAAUGCGCUAGGCGAAUCAGGCAGGUCAGUUGAUAAGAUUGUGAACUGUUACCGACAGAAGUGGGUUGGACACGCCGGGCAUGUUGAGUCACUCCCUAUCUCUAUGCACGAUGUUAUCCGAAGUAGGAUCGAGUUCGAAGAAGUAUCAUUAUGGCCGUACCAAGCUCG